UUGGUGCUCCACUUAAGUGCUGCUUUGGCGAACGGGCUAUUCCCCACAAGCAUUGGGUGCCCCGGCACGAUGGGACGGCUCGGGCUUUAGCCUAUAAAUCGCUGCCUCCAGUGCUGUGCGCCUGAAGCAAGCACAAAAGUGAAGUUACAAACCUUGCACCAACCAAAGAGCCGGCAGCGAUUUUGUUUCAUACUUUCAGAGACAGAGAAACUGCACAAAGAUGGCAAAAAAGGAAGACGAUUUAGAUGUGCUGCUCCCCAGUUGGUCAGGAGCGGCUGCGCAUGGCUUCAGUAUAAGUGGUGGUGAUGAAGGGAUCUUCAUCAAGGACGUGGUGCAGAAUUCUCCAGCUGGAAAGAGUGGAGUGAUGAAGCAAGGUGACCAAAUUGUGAGUGCAACUAUCUACUUUGAUGACAUGGGAUACGAAGAAGCACAGAAAAUAUUACAAACUGUGGACCGACACACAGUGGGGUUAAAGCUGCAUCGAAAAGGAGAAAAGCUUUCUCCUGGGGGAAGUUAUUCAUGGAAUCCAGACCGACCAGAAGCUACAAGUCCAGAUGCUAUACUGAGUGGAGAUGAUGAAGACUAUCAGAGGAUUUUCAGAACAAAAAUCAAGCCUCGCCUGAAGUCAGAAGAUGGCUCAGAGGCACCAGAUCAAGCCGACAGAACUUCCAAUGUACAUAUCACCAGAAAGGUUAUUACACGUACUAUUCAUACUUCUGGCCCUACAGUCAUGACAGACACAGACAUCCAGAAUCCAGAAUUUAAAAUAAAAGUGCCAAGAUAUGAGCAAGUCACCACUGAGAGAUCAGGACCAAAACUGGAAACAUCAGAGAUGGACGUAGACGUUAAUCUCCCAGACACUGAAGUUCUGAAAUUUCAAACAGGAGACUGUCAACGGACCACUCGUACAAUGCACAUUGUGAAAACAAAAGUUGUAGAGGUAACUGGACCAGAUAUGGAAUAUGGUCAAGCUACUUUCCAUAUGCCACAAGCCAAUAUAGCAGGACGAUAUGGAACAACAGUGCAAAUACCUGAUCUUGAUUGCAAAGCCGGGAUGACAAAUGUGAAAGAUUCAGUUAUUGAUAUUAAUACAAUUGGAGCAAAAACAGUAAUUGCUUCUCCAAAGACUGAUGCUGAUCUUAAUGUAUCUGGAAGUUGUGACAAUUUAAAAGGUCCAAGAACUGAUGGUCAAAAGUUAAAAAUGCAACUUGAUGGUUCAAGUUUGAACACACAAGAUGGGAAACUAAAUAUCAAAAUGAAGACACCAGGCUUCAGUGUUUCAGGAUCAGAUAUAAAUACAAAUACAUGGACAAAAACAGAAGCACCGGAUCUGAAUAUCGGUAUGAAUGUUCCAGAGGCAGACAUUAAAAUAUCUGGACCAAGGAUAGAAAGCGAUGUUGAAAUACCCGCAGUAGAUAUGAAUGUUGGAGGGGGUGAUAGUGAAAUCAAGAGUUCGAAUUUUAACUUGCCAGGAAUCAGACACAAAAUUUGUGAGCCCGAUUUUAACCUGGAAGGCAAAGGUGCAAAAGCAACAGUGAAUGUUGAUGUGCCUGACAUUAAACGGGAGAGUGGCAUCAAAAGCCCUACACUUAACAAGACGGGAUUCACUAUCUAUGGGCCAAAGGUACCAAAGCCAGAUAUUUGCUUGGAGCAGAAAGGUCCAAAUGUUGAAUUACCUGACAUCAAACUACAGGGUGACGUCAAGGGUCUAGAUCUGAAUACUAGUGAUCCAAAAGUUGGUAUUAAGCAACCUGACAUUAAGGAAAGGGGGCUUAAGUUUUCAGUGCCUUCUACGAAUCUGCCCACUGUAAAAACUGCAGACAUUGACUUAAAUCUUAAAGGCUCAAUAGGGAAGGGUGACCAUGGUACUGAUCUCCCCUCAGCAAAUAUAAAGGGAGAGAUCAAAGAACUCAAACGAGAUAUAAAAACAGAUAUACCAGACACUGACAUUAGAUGGCACAGUACAAAUGCUAAUUCAAAGGGACCAAAGAUAGAAGGUGACAUUUGUGUACCUGAUGUGGAUUUAAAUGUCAGAGGAGGGUCAACUAAAAUCAAAGGUCCCGAUUUAAAGAUGCCAGAUUUAAGCAUCUCAGGUCCAAAGAUCGAAAAGCCUGAUAUCAAUCUGAAAUUCAUAGGCCCAAAAAGCACAGCAGAUGUUGAUGCCACCACUCUUAAGCUAGAAGGUGAUCUAAAAGGCCCAGAUGUAAAUAUUGAAGGGCCUAAAGUUGAUAUUGAGGGAGCUCAUACCAAAAGUAGUGACCUUACAUUUUCAAUACCUGCUGUAGGUUUACACAAAGUAAGCAGUCGGGGCAUUGAUUUGAGUCUUAAAGGACCAGGGGUGAAAGCUGACCAUGAUAUUGACCUGCCCUCUGCAAAUGUUCAGGGUCACAUUAAAGGACCCAAGGUGGAUAUAGAUGUUCCUGAGGCUGAUAUUAAGGGUCCCAGUGGAUCGCUCCACAUGCCCAAAUUCAAAAUGCCCAGGUUUGGACGCGAUGGCAGUAAAGUAGAGGGCCCCAAUGUGAAUAUUGAUGCAAAUCUUCCAGUUGCAGAUGUCAGUUUAACUGGACCAAACAUAGAAGGUAAGAUGGAUACACCUGACGUGGAUCUUGAUGUUGGUGGAGGCUCUGGUAAAAUCAAAACCCCGAAAAUUACAAUGCCAGAUUUCAAUAUAUCAGGACGCAAGUUUGGUCUCAAAGGUCCAGAGGUAAAAGCUGACCAUGAUAUUGACCUUCCCUCUGCAAUUGUUAGGGGUGACAUCAAAGGACCCAAGGCAGAUAUAGAUGUUCCUAGAGUUGAUAUUAAGGGUUCCAGUGAAUCGUUUCACAUCCCUAAAUUUAAAAAGCCCACUUUUGGAAUGAGUGGAGGGAAACUAGAGGGCCCCGAUGUCAAUAUUCAUGCAAAUCUUCCAGCUGGAGAUGUCAGCCUAACUGGUCCAAAGAUAGAAGGUGAUAUUGAUGUACCUGACGUAGAUCUAGAUGUUGGUGGAGGCUCUACUAAAAUCAAAGGCCCAAAACUUAAAAAGCCAGAUUUCAAUAUAUCACGACCCAAGUUUGAAAAGCCAGAUUGGAAUUUGAAAUUCAAGGGACCAAAGGCUGGAGCAGAUGUCGAUGUCCCAGAUGUUAAUCUCGAGGGUGAUCUCAAAGGGCCAGAUGUCAACAUUAAAGGUCCUAAAGUUGAUAUUGAGGGACCCGAGGCCAAAGGAAGUGGUUUCAAUAUUUCAAUGCCUUCAGUGUCAUUGCCCAAGGUCAAGGUUCCUGACUUUGAUUUGGGUCUCAAAGGCCCAGAGGUGAAAGGUGAAUACGAUAUUGACCUUCCCUCUACCGAUAUAAAGGGUGACAUCAAAGGACCAAAGGUGGAUAUAGAUGUUCCUGAGGCUGAUAUUACGGGUUCCAGUGGAUCAUUCCACAUGCCCAAAUUCAGAAUGCCCAAGUUUGGAUUCGGUAGUGGUAAAGUAGAGGGCCCCGAUGUCAAUAUUGAUGGAAAUCUUCCAGCUGCAGAUGUCAGUCUAACUGGUCCAAAGAUAAAAAGUGAUAUUGAUGUACCUGAUGUACAUGUAGACGUUGGUGGAGGCUCUGGUAAAAUCAAAGGCCCAGAAUUUAAAAUGCCAGAUUUCAAUAUAUCAGGACCCAAGUUUGAAAAGCCAGAUUGGAAUUUGAAAUUCAAGGGACCAAAGGCUGGAGCAGAUGUCGAUGUCCCAGAUGUUAAUCUCGAGGGUGACCUCAAAGGGCCAGAUGUCAACAUUAAAGGUCCUAAAGUUGAUAUUGAGGGACCCGAGGCCAAAGGAAGUGGUUUCAAUAUUUCAAUGCCUUCAGUGUCAUUGCCCAAGGUCAAGGUUCCUGACUUUGAUUUGAGUCUCAAAGGCCCAGAGGUGAAAGGUGAACACGACAUUGACCUCCCCUCAGCCGAUAUAAAGGGUGACAUCAAAGGUCCAAAGGUGGACAUAGAUGUUCCUGAGGCUGACAUUAAGGGGCCCAGUGGAUCAUUCCACAUGCCCAAAUUCAGAAUGCCCAAGUUUGGAUUCGGUAGUGGUAAAGUAGAAGGCCCCGAUGUCAAUAUUGAUGGAAAUCUUCCAGCUGCAGAUGUCAGUUUAACUGGUCCAAAGAUAGAAGGUGAUAUUGAUGUACCUGACGUAGAUCUAGAUGUUGGUGGAGGCUCUGCUAAAAUCAAAGGCCCAAAACUUAAAAUGCCAGAUUUCAAUAUAUCAGGACCCAAGUUUGAAAAGCCAGAUUGGAAUUUGAAAUUCAAGGGACCAAAGGCUGGAGCAGAUGUCGACGUCCCAGAUGUUAAUCUCGAGGGUGAUCUCAAAGGGCCAGAUGUCAACAUUAAAGGUCCUAAAGUUGAUCUUGAGGGACCUGAGGCCAAAGGAAGUGGUUUCAAUAUUUCAAUGCCUUCCAUGUCAUUGCCCAAGGUCAAGGUUCCUGACAUUGAUUUGAGUCUCAAAGGUCCAGAGGUGAAAGGUGAACACGAUAUUGACCUCCCCUCAGCUAAUAUAAAGGGUGACAUUAAAGGACCCAAGGUGGAUAUAGAUGUUCCUGAGGCUGAUAUUAAGGGGCCCAGUGGAUCAUUCCACAUGCCCAAAUUCAAAAUGCCCAAGUUUGGAUUCGGUAGUGGUAAAGUAGAGGGUCCCGAUGUCAAUAUUGAUGGAAAUCUUCCAGCUACAGAUGUCAGUUUAACUGGUCCAAAGAUAGAAGGUGAUAUUGAUGUACCUGACGUAGAUCUAGAUGUUGGUGGAGGCUCUGGUAAAAUCAAAGGCCCAAAACUUAAAAUGCCAGAUUUCAAUAUAUCAGGACCCAAGUUUGAAAAGCCAGAUUGGAAUUUGAAAUUCAAGGGACCAAAGGCCGGAGCAGAUGUCGAUGUCCCAGAUGUUAAUCUCGAGGGUGAUCUCAAAGGGCCAGAUGUCAACAUUAAAGGUCCUAAAGUUGAUAUUGAGGGACCCGAGGCCAAAGGAAGUGGUUUCAAUAUUUCAAUGCCUUCAGUGUCAUUGCCCAAGGUCAAAGUUCCUGACUUUGAUUUGAGUCUCAAAGGCCCAGAGGUGAAAGGUGAACAUGAUAUUGACCUCCCCUCUACCGAUAUAAAGGGUGACAUUAAGGGACCUAAGGUGGAUAUAGAUGUUCCUGAGGCUGAUAUUAAGGGGCCCAGUGGAUCAUUCCACAUGCCCAAAUUCAAAAUGCCCAAGUUUGGAUUCGGUAGUGGGAAAGUAGAGGGCCCGGAUGUCAAUAUCGAUGGAAAUCUUCCAACUGCAGAUGUCAGCCUAAGUGGUCCAAAGGUAGAAGGUGAUAUUGAUGUACCUGACGUAGAUCUAGAUGUUGGUGGAGGCUCUGGUAAAAUCAAAGGCCCAAAAUUUAAAAUGCCAGAUUUCAAUAUAUCAGGACCCAAGUUUGAAAAGCCAGAUUGGAAUUUGAAAUUCAAGGGACCAAAGGCUGGAGCAGAUGUCGAUGUCCCAGAUGUUAAUCUAGAGGGUGAUCUCAAAGGGCCAGAUGUCAACAUUAAAGGUCCUAAAGUUGAUAUUGAGGGACCCGAGGCCAAAGGAAGUGGUUUCAAUAUUUCAAUGCCUUCAGUGUCAUUGCCCAAGGUCAAGGUUCCUGACUUUGAUUUGAGUCUCAAAGGCCCAGAGUUGAAAGGUGAACACGACAUUGACCUCCCCUCAGCCGAUAUAAAGGGUGACAUCAAAGGUCCAAAGGUGGACAUAGAUGUUCCUGAGGCUGACAUUAAGGGGCCCAGUGGAUCAUUCCACAUGCCCAAAUUCAAAAUGCCCAAGUUUGGAUUCGGUAGUGGUAAAGUAGACGGCCCCGAUGUCAAUAUUGAUGGAAAUCUUCCAGCUGCAGGUGUCAGUUUAACUGGUCCAAAGAUAGAAGGUGAUAUUGAUGUACCUGACGUAGAUCUAGAUGUUGGUGGAGGCUCUGGUAAAAUCAAAGGCCCAAAACUUAAAAUGCCAGAUUUCAAUAUAUCAGGACCCAAGUUUGAAAAGCCAGAUUGGAAUUUGAAAUUCAAGGGACCAAAGGCCGGAGCAGAUGUCGAUGUCCCAGAUGUUAAUCUCGAGGGUGAUCUUAAAGGGCCAGAUGUCAACAUUAAAGGUCCUAAAGUUGAUAUUGAGGGACCCGAGGCCAAAGGAAGUGGUUUCAAUAUUUCAAUGCCUUCAGUGUCAUUGCCCAAGGUCAAAGUUCCUGACUUUGAUAUGAGUCUCAAAGGCCCAGAGGUGAAAGGUGAACAUGAUAUUGACCUCCCCUCUACCGAUAUAAAGGGUGACAUCAAGGGACCUAAGGUGGAUAUAGAUGUUCCUGAGGCAGACAUUAAGGGGCCCAGUGGAUCAUUCCACAUGCCCAAAUUCAAAAUGCCCAAGUUUGGAUUCGGUAGUGGUAAAGUAGAGGGCCCCGAUGUCAAUAUUGAUGGAAAUCUUCCAACUGCAGAUGUCAGCCUAAGUGGUCCAAAGAUAGAAGGUGAUAUUGAUGUACCUGACAUAGAUCUAGAUGUUGGUGGAGGCUCUGGUAAAAUCAAAGGCCCAAAACUUAAAAUGCCAGAUUUCAAUAUAUCAGGACCCAAGUUUGAAAAGCCAGAUUGGAAUUUGAAAUUCAAGGGACCAAAGGCUGGAGCAGACGUCGAUGUCCCAGAUGUUAAUCUCGAGGGUGAUCUCAAAGGGCCAGAUGUCAACAUUAAAGGUCCUAAAGUUGAUCUUGAGGGACCUGAGGCCAAAGGAAGUGGUUUCAAUAUUUCAAUGCCUUCAGUGUCAUUGCCCAAGAUCAAGGUUCCUGACAUUGAUUUGAGUCUCAAAGGUCCAGAGGUGAAAGGUGAACACGAUAUUGACCUCCCCUCAGCUAAUAUAAAGGGUGACAUUAAAGGACCCAAGGUGGAUAUAGAUGUUCCUGAGGCUGAUAUUAAGGGGCCCAGUGGAUCAUUCCACAUGCCCAAAUUCAAAAUGCCCAAGUUUGGAUUCGGUAGUGGUAAAGUAGAGGGCCCCGAUGUCAAUAUUGAUGGAAAUCUUCCAACUGCAGAUGUCAGCCUAAGUGGUCCAAAGAUAGAAGGUGAUAUUGAUGUACCUGACGUAGAUCUAGAUGUUGGUGGAGGCUCUGGUAAAAUCAAAGGCCCAAAACUUAAAAUGCCAGAUUUCAAUAUAUCAGGACCCAAGUUUGAAAAGCCAGAUUGGAAUUUGAAAUUCAAGGGACCAAAGGCUGGAGCAGAUGUCGAUGUCCCAGAUGUUAAUCUCGAGGGUGAUCUCAAAGGGCCAGAUGUUAACAUUAAAGGUCCUAAAGUUGAUCUUGAGGGACCUGAGGCCAAAGGAAGUGGUUUCAAUAUUUCAAUGCCUUCAGUGUCAUUGCCCAAGAUCAAGGUUCCUGACAUUGAUUUGAGUCUCAAAGGUCCAGAGGUGAAAGGUGAACACGAUAUUGACCUCCCCUCAGCUAAUAUAAAGGGUGACAUUAAAGGACCCAAGGUGGAUAUAGAUGUUCCUGAGGCUGAUAUUAAGGGGCCCAGUGGAUCAUUCCACAUGCCCAAAUUCAAAAUGCCCAAGUUUGGAUUCGGUAGUGGUAAAGUAGAGGGCCCCGAUGUCAAUAUUGAUGGAAAUCUUCCAGCUGCAGAUGUCAGUUUAACUGGUCCAAAGAUAGAAGGUGAUAUUGAUGUACCUGACGUAGAUCUAGAUGUUGGUGGAGGCUCUGCUAAAAUCAAAGGCCCAAAACUUAAAAUGCCAGAUUUCAAUAUAUCAGGACCCAAGUUUGAAAAGCCAGAUUGGAAUUUGAAAUUCAAGGGACCAAAGGCUGGAGCAGAAGUCGAUGUCCCAGAUGUUAAUCUCGAGGGUGAUCUCAAAGGGCCAGAUGUCAACAUUAAAGGUCCUAAAGUUGAUAUUGAGGGGCCCGAGGCCAAAGGAAGUGGUUUCAAGAUGUCAAUACCUUCCAUAGGAUUGCCUAAAAUCAAGGCUCCUGAUUUUGACUUGAGUCUCAAAGGCCCAGAGGUGAAAGCUGACCUCCCCUCUGCUGAUAUGAAGGGUGAAAUGAAAGGACCCAAGGUGAAUAUAGAUGUUCCUGAAGCUGAUGUCAAAGGUCACAGUGGAAAGUUCCGGAUGCCACGGUUUAAAAUGUCUAAGUUCGGAAUAGGUGGAGGAAAAGUAGAAGGUCCCAGUAUGAAUAUUGAGACCAGCAUUCCUGCUGCAGAUGUCAGCCUAAGUGGUCCAAAGAUAGAAGGUGAUGUUGAUGUACCCAAAGUAGAUGUAGACAUUGGUGGUGGAAGUAAAAUGAAAGGACAUAAGUUUAAAAUGCCAGACAUUAGUCUUUCAGGACCGAAAGUCAAAUCACCUGAUUUUGAUGUCAAGCUGCAGGGUCCAAAGAUUACUGGAGAUGUUGAUGUCCCAGAUGUUAAUCUUGAAGGUGAUCUCAAAGGACCAAAUGUGAAAAUUAAAGGUGCCAAAAUGGAGGGACCUGAUGCAAAAGGAAGUGGUUUCAAUAUUUCAAUGCCUUCCAUAGGUUUGCCCAAGAUUAAGGCUCCUGAUUUUGAUUUAAGUCUAAAAGGCCCAGAGGUAAAAGCAAAACAUGAUAUUGACCUACCAUCUGUUGAUAUAAAGGGUGACAUCAAAGGUCCCAAGGGGGACUUAGAUGUUCCUGAGGCUGACAUUAAGGGGCCCAGUGGAUCAUUCCACAUGCCCAAAUUCAGAAUGCCCAAGUUUGGAUUUGGUAGUGGUAAAGUAGAGGGCCCUGAUGUCAAUAUCGAUGGAAAUCUUCCAACUGCAGAUGUCAGCCUAAGUGGUCCAAAGAUAGAAGGUGAUAUCGAUGUACCUGAUGUAGAUCUAGAUGUUGGUGGAGGCUCUGGUAAAAUCAAAGGCCCGAAAUUUAAAAUGCCAGAUUUCAAUAUAUCAGGACCCAAGUUUGAAAAGCCAGAUUGGAAUUUGAAAUUCAAGGGACCAAAGGCUGGAGCAGAUGUCGAUGUCCCAGAUGUUAAUCUCGAGGGUGAUCUCAAAGGGCCAGAUGUCAACAUUAAAGGUCCUAAAGUUGAUAUUGAGGGACCCGAGGCCAAAGGAAGUGGUUUCAAUAUUUCAAUGCCUUCAGUGUCAUUGCCCAAGGUCAAGGUUCCUGACUUUGAUUUGAGUCUCAAAGGCCCAGAGGUGAAAGGUGAACAUGAUAUUGACCUCCCCUCUACUGAUAUAAAGGGUGACAUCAAGGGACCUAAGGUGGAUAUAGAUGUUCCUGAGGCAGACAUUAAGGGUCCCAGUGGAUCAUUCCAAAUGCCCAAAUUCAAAAUGCCCAAGUUUGGAUUCGGUAGUGGUAAAGUAGAGGGCCCCGAUGUCAAUAUUGAUGGAAAUCUUCCAACUGCAGAUGUCAGCCUAAGUGGUCCAAAGAUAGAAGGUGAUAUUGAUGUACCUGAUGUAGAUCUAGAUGUUGGUGGAGGCUCUGGUAAAAUCAAAGGCCCAAAAUUUAAAAUGCCAGAUUUCAAUAUAUCAGGACCCAAGUUUGAAAAGCCAGAUUGGAAUUUGAAAUUCAAGGGACCAAAGGCUGGAGCAGAUGUCGAUGUCCCAGAUGUUAAUCUUGAGGGUGAUCUCAAAGGGCCAGAUGUCAACAUUAAAGGUCCUAAAGUUGAUAUUGAGGGACCCGAGGCCAAAGGAAGUGGUUUCAAUAUUUCAAUGCCUUCCAUGUCAUUGCCCAAGAUCAAGGUUCCUGACUUUGAUUUGAGUCUUAAAGGUCCAGAGGUGAAAGGUGAACAUGAUAUUGACCUCCCCUCUACCGAUAUAAAGGGAGACAUCAAAGGACCUAAGGUGGAUAUAGAUGUUCCUGAGGCAGACAUUAAGGGGCCCAGUGGAUCAUUCCACAUGCCCAAAUUCAAAAUGCCCAAGUUUGGAUUCGGUAGUGGUAAAGUAGAGGGCCCCGAUGUCAAUAUUGAUGGAAAUCUUCCAACUGCAGAUGUCAGCCUAAGUGGUCCAAAGAUCGAAGGUGAUAUUGAUGUACCUGAUGUAGAUCUAGAUGUUGGUGGAGGCUCUGGUAAAAUCAAAGGCCCAAAAUUUAAAAUGCCAGAUUUCAAUAUAUCAGGACCCAAGUUUGAAAAGCCAGAUUGGAAUUUGAAAUUCAAGGGACCAAAGGCCGGAGCAGAUGUCGAUGUCCCAGAUGUUAAUCUUGAGGGUGAUCUCAAAGGGCCAGAUGUCAACAUUAAAGGUCCUAAAGUUGAUAUUGAGGGACCCGAGGCCAAAGGAAGUGGUUUCAAUAUUUCAAUGCCUUCCAUGUCAUUUCCCAAGAUCAAGGUUCCUGACUUUGAUUUGAGUCUUAAAGGUCCAGAGGUGAAAGGUGAACAUGAUAUUGACCUCCCCUCUACCGAUAUAAAGGGUGACAUCAAAGGACCUAAGGUGGAUAUAGAUGUUCCUGAGGCAGACAUUAAGGGUCCCAGUGGAUCAUUCCAAAUGCCCAAAUUCAAAAUGCCCAAGUUUGGAUUCGGUAGUGGUAAAGUAGAGGGCCCCGAUGUCAAUAUUGAUGGAAAUCUUCCAACUGCAGAUGUCAGCCUGAGUGGUCCAAAGAUAGAAGGUGAUAUUGAUGUACCUGACGUAGAUCUAGAUGUUGGUGGAGGCUCUGGUAAAAUCAAAGGUCCAAAAUUUAAAAUGCCAGAUUUCAAUAUAUCAGGACCCAAGUUUGAAAAGCCAGAUUGGAAUUUGAAAUUCAAGGGACCAAAGGCCGGAGCAGAUGUUGAUGUUCCAGAUGUUAAUCUUGAGGGUGAUCUCAAAGGGCCAGAUGUCAACAUUAAAGGUCCUAAAGUUGAUAUUGAGGGACCCGAGGCCAAAGGAAGUGGUUUCAAUAUUUCAAUGCCUUCCAUGUCAUUGCCCAAGAUCAAGGUUCCUGACUUUGAUUUGAGUCUUAAAGGUCCAGAGGUGAAAGGUGAACAUGAUAUUGACCUCCCCUCUACCGAUAUAAAGGGUGACAUCAAAGGACCUAAGGUGGAUAUAGAUGUUCCUGAGGCAGACAUUAAGGGUCCCAGUGGAUCAUUCCAAAUGCCCAAAUUCAAAAUGCCCAAGUUUGGAUUCGGUAGUGGUAAAGUAGAGGGCCCUGAUGUCAAUAUUGAUGGAAAUCUUCCAACUGCAGAUGUCAGCCUAAGUGGUCCAAAGAUAGAAGGUGAUGUUGAUGUACCUGACGUAGAUCUAGAUGUUGGUGGAGGCUCUGGUAAAAUCAAAGGCCCAAAAUUUAAAAUGCCAGAUUUCAAUAUAUCAGGACCCAAGUUUGAAAAGCCAGAUUGGAAUUUGAAAUUCAAGGGACCAAAGGCUGGAGCAGAUGUCGAUGUCCCAGAUGUUAAUCUCGAGGGUGAUCUCAAAGGGCCAGAUGUCAACAUUAAAGGUCCUAAAGUUGAUAUUGAGGGACCCGAGGCCAAAGGAAGUGGUUUCAAUAUUUCAAUGCCUUCCAUGUCAUUGCCCAAGAUCAAGGUUCCUGACUUUGAUUUGAGUCUUAAAGGUCCAGAGGUGAAAGGUGAACAUGAUAUUGACCUCCCCUCUACCGAUAUAAAGGGAGACAUCAAAGGACCUAAGGUGGAUAUAGAUGUUCCUGAGGCAGACAUUAAGGGGCCCAGUGGAUCAUUCCACAUGCCCAAAUUCAAAAUGCCCAAGUUUGGAUUCGGUAGUGGUAAAGUAGAGGGCCCCGAUGUCAAUAUUGAUGGAAAUCUUCCAACUGCAGAUGUCAGCCUAAGUGGUCCAAAGAUCGAAGGUGAUAUUGAUGUACCUGAUGUAGAUCUAGAUGUUGGUGGAGGCUCUGGUAAAAUCAAAGGCCCAAAAUUUAAAAUGCCAGAUUUCAAUAUAUCAGGACCCAAGUUUGAAAAGCCAGAUUGGAAUUUGAAAUUCAAGGGACCAAAGGCCGGAGCAGAUGUCGAUGUCCCAGAUGUUAAUCUUGAGGGUGAUCUCAAAGGGCCAGAUGUCAACAUUAAAGGUCCUAAAGUUGAUAUUGAGGGACCCGAGGCCAAAGGAAGUGGUUUCAAUAUUUCAAUGCCUUCCAUGUCAUUUCCCAAGAUCAAGGUUCCUGACUUUGAUUUGAGUCUUAAAGGUCCAGAGGUGAAAGGUGAACAUGAUAUUGACCUCCCCUCUACCGAUAUAAAGGGUGACAUCAAAGGACCUAAGGUGGAUAUAGAUGUUCCUGAGGCAGACAUUAAGGGUCCCAGUGGAUCAUUCCAAAUGCCCAAAUUCAAAAUGCCCAAGUUUGGAUUCGGUAGUGGUAAAGUAGAGGGCCCCGAUGUCAAUAUUGAUGGAAAUCUUCCAACUGCAGAUGUCAGCCUGAGUGGUCCAAAGAUAGAAGGUGAUAUUGAUGUACCUGACGUAGAUCUAGAUGUUGGUGGUGGCUCUGGUAAAAUCAAAGGUCCAAAAUUUAAAAUGCCAGAUUUCAAUAUAUCAGGACCCAAGUUUGAAAAGCCAGAUUGGAAUUUGAAAUUCAAGGGACCAAAGGCCGGAGCAGAUGUCGAUGUCCCAGAUGUUAAUCUUGAGGGUGAUCUCAAAGGGCCAGAUGUCAACAUUAAAGGUCCUAAAGUUGAUAUUGAGGGACCCGAGGCCAAAGGAAGUGGUUUCAAUAUUUCAAUGCCUUCCAUGUCAUUGCCCAAGAUCAAGGUUCCUGACUUUGAUUUGAGUCUUAAAGGUCCAGAGGUGAAAGGUGAACAUGAUAUUGACCUCCCCUCUACCGAUAUAAAGGGUGACAUCAAAGGACCUAAGGUGGAUAUAGAUGUUCCUGAGGCUGACAUUAAGGGGCCCAGUGGAUCAUUCCAAAUGCCCAAAUUCAAAAUGCCCAAGUUUGGAUUCGGUAGUGGUAAAGUAGAGGGCCCUGAUGUCAAUAUUGAUGGAAAUCUUCCAACUGCAGAUGUCAGCCUAAGUGGUCCAAAGAUAGAAGGUGAUAUUGAUGUACCUGACGUAGAUCUAGAUGUUGGUGGAGGCUCUGGUAAAAUCAAAGGCCCAAAAUUUAAAAUGCCAGAUUUCAAUAUAUCAGGACCCAAGUUUGAAAAGCCAGAUUGGAAUUUGAAAUUCAAGGGACCAAAGGCUGGAGCAGAUGUCAGUGUCCCAGAUGUUAAUCUCGAGGGUGAUCUCAAAGGGCCAGAUGUCAACAUUAAAGGUCCUAAAGUUGAUAUUGAGGGACCCGAGGCCAAAGGAAGUGGUUUCAAUAUUUCAAUGCCUUCAGUGUCAUUGCCCAAGGUCAAGGUUCCUGACUUUGAUUUGAGUCUCAAAGGCCCAGAGGUGAAAGGUGAACAUGAUAUUGACCUCCCCUCUACUGAUAUAAAGGGUGACAUCAAGGGACCUAAGGUGGAUAUAGAUGUUCCUGAGGCUGAUAUUAAGGGGCCCAGUGGAUCAUUCCACAUGCCCAAAUUCAAAAUGCCCAAGUUUGGAUUCGGUAGUGGUAAAGUAGAGGGCCCCGAUGUCAAUAUUGAUGGAAAUCUUCCAACUGCAGAUGUCAGCCUAAGUGGUCCAAAGAUAGAAGGUGAUAUUGAUGUACCUGACGUAGAUCUAGAUGUUGGUGGAGGCUCUGGUAAAAUCAAAGGCCCAAAAUUUAAAAUGCCAGAUUUCAAUAUAUCAGGACCCAAGUUUGAAAAGCCAGAUUGGAAUUUGAAAUUCAAGGGACCAAAGGCUGGAGCAGAUGUCGAUGUCCCAGAUGUUAAUCUCGAGGGUGAUCUCAAAGGGCCAGAUGUCAACAUUAAAGGUCCUAAAGUUGAUAUUGAGGGACCCGAGGCCAAAGGAAGUGGUUUCAAUAUUUCAAUGCCUUCAGUGUCAUUGCCCAAGGUCAAGGUUCCUGACUUUGAUUUGAGUCUCAAAGGCCCAGAGGUGAAAGGUGAACAUGAUAUUGACCUCCCCUCUACCGAUAUAAAGGGUGACAUCAAGGGACCUAAGGUGGAUAUAGAUGUUCCUGAGGCUGAUAUUAAGGGGCCCAGUGGAUCAUUCCACAUGCCCAAAUUCAAAAUGCCCAAGUUUGGAUUCGGUAGUGGUAAAGUAGAGGGCCCCGAUGUCAAUAUUGAUGGAAAUCUUCCAACUGCAGAUGUCAGCCUAAGUGGUCCAAAGAUAGAAGGUGAUAUUGAUGUACCUGACAUAGAUCUAGAUGUUGGUGGAGGCUCUGGUAAAAUCAAAGGCCCAAAAUUUAAAAUGCCAGAUUUCAAUAUAUCAGGACCCAAGUUUGAAAAGCCAGAUUGGAAUUUGAAAUUCAAGGGACCAAAGGCUGGAGCAGAUGUCGAUGUCCCAGAUGUUAAUCUCGAGGGUGAUCUCAAAGGGCCAGAUGUCAACAUUAAAGGUCCUAAAGUUGAUAUUGAGGGACCCGAGGCCAAAGGAAGUGGUUUCAAUAUUUCAAUGCCUUCAGUGUCAUUGCCCAAGGUCAAGGUUCCUGACUUUGAUUUGAGUCUCAAAGGCCCAGAGGUGAAAGGUGAACAUGAUAUUGACCUCCCCUCUACCGAUAUAAAGGGUGACAUCAAGGGACCAAAGGUGGAUAUAGAUGUUCCUGAGGCUGAUAUUAAGGGUCCCAGUGGAUCAUUCCAAAUGCCCAAAUUCAAAAUGCCCAAGUUUGGAUUCGGUAGUGGUAAAGUAGAGGGCCCCGAUGUCAAUAUUGAUGGAAAUCUUCCAACUGCAGAUGUCAGCCUGAGUGGUCCAAAGAUAGAAGGUGAUAUUGAUGUACCUGACGUAGAUCUAGAUGUUGGUGGAGGCUCUGGUAAAAUCAAAGGUCCAAAAUUUAAAAUGCCAGAUUUCAAUAUAUCAGGACCCAAGUUUGAAAAGCCAGAUUGGAAUUUGAAAUUCAAGGGACCAAAGGCUGGAGCAGAUGUCGAUGUCCCAGAUGUUAAUCUCGAGGGUGAUCUCAAAGGGCCAGAUGUCAACAUUAAAGGUCCUAAAGUUGAUAUUGAGGGACCCGAGGCCAAAGGAAGUGGUUUCAAUAUUUCAAUGCCUUCAGUGUCAUUGCCCAAGGUCAAAGUUCCUGACUUUGAUUUGAGUCUCAAAGGCCCAGAGGUGAAAGGUGAACAUGAUAUUGACCUCCCCUCUACCGAUAUAAAGGGUGACAUCAAGGGACCAAAGGUGGAUAUAGAUGUUCCUGAGGCUGAUAUUAAGAGUCCCAGUGGAUCAUUCCACAUGCCCAAAUUCAAAAUGCCCAAGUUUGGAUUCGGUAGUGGUAAAGUAGAGGGCCCCGAUGUCAAUAUUGAUGGAAAUCUUCCAACUGCAGAUGUCAGCCUGAGUGGUCCAAAGAUAGAAGGUGAUAUUGAUGUACCUGACGUAGAUCUAGAUGUUGGUGGAGGCUCUGGUAAAAUCAAAGGUCCAAAAUUUAAAAUGCCAGAUUUCAAUAUAUCAGGACCCAAGUUUGAAAAGCCAGAUUGGAAUUUGAAAUUCAAGGGACCAAAGGCUGGAGCAGAUGUCGAUGUCCCAGAUGUUAAUCUCGAGGGUGAUCUCAAAGGGCCAGAUGUCAACAUUAAAGGUCCUAAAGUUGAUAUUGAGGGACCCGAGGCCAAAGGAAGUGGUUUCAAUAUUUCAAUGCCUUCAGUGUCAUUGCCCAAGGUCAAAGUUCCUGACUUUGAUUUGAGUCUCAAAGGCCCAGAGGUGAAAGGUGAACAUGAUAUUGACCUCCCCUCUACCGAUAUAAAGGGUGACAUCAAGGGACCAAAGGUGGAUAUAGAUGUUCCUGAGGCUGAUAUUAAGAGUCCCAGUGGAUCAUUCCACAUGCCCAAAUUCAAAAUGCCCAAGUUUGGAUUCGGUCGUGGUAAAGUAGAGGGCCCCGAUGUCAAUAUUGAUGGAAAUCUUCCAGCUGCAGAUGUCAGCCUAACUGGUCCAAAGAUAGAAGGUGAUAUUGAUGUACCUGACGUAGAUCUAGAUGUUGGUGGAGGCUCUGGUAAAAUCAAAGGUCCAAAAUUUAAAAUGCCAGAUUUCAAUAUAUCAGGACCCAAGUUUGAAAAGCCAGAUUGGAAUUUGAAAUUCAAGGGACCAAAGGCUGGAGCAGAUGUCGAUGUCCCAGAUUUUAAUCUCGAGGGUGAUCUCAAAGGGCCAGAUGUCAACAUUAAAGGUCCUAAAGUUGAUAUUGAGGGACCCGAGGCCAAAGGAAGUGGUUUCAAUAUUUCAAUGCCUUCAGUGUCAUUGCCCAAGGUCAAGGUUCCUGACUUUGAUUUGAGUCUCAAAGGCCCAGAGGUGAAAGGUGAACAUGAUAUUGACCUCCCCUCUACCGAUAUAAAGGGUGACAUCAAGGGACCUAAGGUGGAUAUAGAUGUUCCUGAGGCUGAUAUUAAAGCUCCAAGUGCGAAAUUCCACAUGCCCAAAAUCAGAUUGCCAAAAUUCGGGUUUAGUGGAGGGAAAGGAGAAGGGCCUGAUGUGAAUAUUGAUGCUCGUCUUCCUGAGGCAGAUGUGGAUCUCACAGGACCAACAAUGGAAGGUGAUUUAAAAAUGCCAGAUGUAGAUCUGGGCAUUGAGGGUGGUUCUGGUCAAACCAAAGGCCCUAAAUUCAAAUUACCAGGUUUCAGAAUUUCUGGUCCGAAGGUCCCAAAGCCAGAUUUUGACCUAGAAUUGAAAGGUCCAAAACUUUCAGGCGAUGUGGAUGUCCCUGAUGUUAAUUUGGCUGGUGACAUCAAAGGCCCGAAGAUUAAAAAACCUGGAAUCAGCAUCUCUGCUCCAAAGGUCCCAAAGCCUCAUUUAGACUUGGAACUUAAAGGCCCAAAAGUCUCCGGGGAUUUGGAAGUCCCUGCUAUUAAUAUGGAGGGUGACAUCAAAGGCACCAAAUUAGAUAUCGACGGGCCUAAUGUUAAAGAAACUGGGGCAAAAUUUUCAAUGCCUUCAAUACAUUUGCCACAUAUAACAGCUCCCAACAUUGAUUUGAAUUUCAAAGGCUCAAAAUUAAAGGGUGAUCAGAUGAGUGACAUCUCUUCACCAAGUAUCGAGGGAGAAAUUAAAGGUCCAAAGAUUGAUGUAGAGACUCCAGACAUUGACUUGGACGGUGCACACGGACAGUUCCAAAUGCCAAAAAUUAAUAUGCCCACAUUUAAGAUGAGUGGACCCAAACUGAAAGGACCUGAAGUGGACAUUAAAGCCAAUGUUCCUGAGACAGAUGUUACUGGACCAAAGAUAAAAGGUGGGGUUGAAGUUCCUGAUAUAGAUAUGGAUGUUGAUGGUAAAAUCAAAGGUCCUGGAUUUCAAAUGCCAGGCAUUAAUGUCUCUUUACCCAAAAUUAAAGCUCCUAAUUUUGAUUUUGGGUUUGAGGGUCCUGAACUGUCAGGUGGUCAUGGUGCUGCUGCUGACAUUAACAUGGAGGGUGAUAUUAAAGCUUCAGGUUUUGAUAUCCAAGGUCCCAAAGUAAAUAUUAAGGCACCUGAGAUGAAAAUUGAGGUUCCUGAUGUGAAAGGAAAUGAGGGCAAGGUUUCACUGCCCUCCAUGGGUAUUUCAGCUCCCAGUAUAACCUCCCCAGACAUGCAUUUUGACUUGAAAGGCCCCAAACUGGAAGGUACAGCUGAUAUUAAGUCUCCAAGUUUAGGUGUUGAUGUUGGUGCACCUGAGAUGGAUACAGAUGGUCAAGGUGCACAUCUGAAACUGCCAAAAAUGAAGAAGCCAAAGUUUGGAUUUGGAAUUAAAGGACCACAAGGUGACAUAAAUGCUCCAUCUCUGGACAUUUCUGGUUCUGACAUAGAUUUGAAUGUUGAUUCGCCAGACCUGAACAUAAGUACCAAAGGGAAAAAAGGCAAGUUUAAGAUGCCCAAAUUCAAUAUCAAAUCAAAGAAACCUGCAGGAGAUGUAAAGGUAACCACUCCAACGAGUGAACUUGAUUUAUCCAAGCCAGAAGCAGGUAUUAAGUCGCCAAAUCUAAGUGUAACACUUGGAUCAUCCGAUGGACAACUGAACAUCAAGCAUCCAAAAGUAAAGAAACAACGAUUUGGAAAAAUGGGCAAAUUGACAUUUCCAGAUGUUGAAUUUGAUCUGGCGUCAUCAAAAGCUAAAGGUGAACUACCUAGUUCAAAGAUUGAAGGAGACUUACAAGCACCUAAUAUUGAUGUUUCAUCUUUGGACAUUAAAGGUCCUCAUGUUGACGUCAGAGCACCAGGAGUUGAUGUCAAUGCGGAUGUUGCCUUGGAAGGACAUGGUUUCAAAGCUAAGGGCACAAAAUUAAAAUUGCCUUCACUAAACAUCAAAUCACCCAAAAUGUCUGAGCCAAAUUUGGAUAUUAAUUUAAAGGACGCAAAUCUGAAAGGUGAAGUAUCAGGAGAUGUAAAAGGACCGACGAUUGACAUAAAGAGACCUGAAAUAGAUUUUGAUGUUGAAGCUCCAAAUGUUGAUAUUGAAAAACCAGAAAGUAAAUUAAAAAUGAAAAUUAAAAAACCAAAGCUUAAUAUUUCAGGCCCCAAAUUCAAAGGUUCAGGUGUUGACAUGAAUGUUACCAUACCAAAAUUAGACACUGGAAUUAAAGGACCUGAGGUUAACAUUGAUGCACCCAGUGUUGAGCUUCAACCCAACAUCUCUGAUCCAGAUCUACGUUUGAAAGGAUCAAGUCUUAAGUCACCAGAUGGUCAUUUUGAGAGUACAGAAGGAAAGCUGAGCAUGCCUGCAAUUAACAUUUCUGGUACUAAAUUGCAAGGUCCUGAUGUGAAUCUUGACACAAAUGCACUGAAGAUAGGUGAUCUCAAGACACCAGGUGUAGAUGUCAAUUUUGAAACAUCUGAUGUGAACAUAAAUGCUGAUGGUAAAUUCAAAGGGCCCAAAAUUGCAGUACCAUCAGUUGAUAUCUCAGCACCUAAACUGGACUUAGAUGCAAAGCUUCCACAGAUAAAAGGAGAUGUCAAUAUUUCCAGCCCAAAUAUCAAAGGAAACUUUAGAGGACCAGAUGUGAAUGUAAAAGGUCCUAAUAUUGAUGUUUGUGGUGCUGAUAUUGACAUUAAAGGGGGAGAAGGAAAGCUAAACAUGCCUCAGAUCAAUCUUCCAAAAGCUGAUAUAAACCUUGCAGAGCAGAAGGUAAAAGGGAUCUCUGCCUCUGAUUUUGGUGUUAAUGUGAAGGGCCCUAAAUUAGAAGGAAGUUUGGACACUGACAUAAAAUGCCCUGAAUUGGACAUUAAGGGGCCAAAUGUGAAAAUGGAUACAUCAAAUAUUAACAUUGCUAGUUUAAAAGGAAAAGGUUCCAGUGUUGAUAUUAAUGUGCCAAAAGCUAACGUAGAAUUUUCUGGACCAAAGUUUGAGCAAGAUAUGAAGGGAGAUAUAAAUGUUGCUGUACCAGAUGUGAACUUAAGUGCUAAAGUAAAGAGCCCUGAAGUAAAACUGCCAUCAGCUGAUGUGAAAUUUGAUGCAAAAGGCCCUACAAUCAAAGGUGAUGUUAAUGCUUCCAGUUCCAAAAUUGACCUGAAAAGUCCAGAGCUUGAAGUCAAAGCUACGGACAUAAGUGCAGAUAUUAAAGCAGCAAUAGCUGAUCUUGAUGUUCCACUGGAUAAAAUGACAAUACCUAAAUUUAAACGUUCUCAAUUUCAAAUAAAAGGGCCAAAUGUAGAAUCACAUCAAAUGGCAACAGGUGUCAGUUCUUCAGGUGCACAAGGUCCAAGUGUCGAAAUUAAAGGACCACAGGCAAAUAUUAGCAUGCGAGAAGAUGAUGUGGAUGGUUCAGGGGUUAAGGUAAAAAAGGGGAAAAUUAAAAUGCCCAAAUUUAAUUUUUCUAAGUCUAAAGGGAAAGGUAGUAUUGAAGGAGCUGAGGGUGAAUUUAGUGUAUCGGGGCCAAAGAUUGAUAUUAAGGGUUCAAAGGGUAGCCUGGGAUUCAGUGAAGUUGAGAUGGAAGGAGCAGAAAUUGCUGGAUCUGGUAAAGUUUCUAGUUUGGAACUAAGCACUUCCCCAAAAAGCAAGUCUGGCACACUAGAUUUCUCAUUAUUUAAAGGCAAAAAAUCAGAACGUCAUAGGUCGUCAUCUCUGAGUGAUGAGCAUGACCUUUCACCAUCAUCCCCCAAGGGCAGAUUAGAUUUUGGAGAAGGAACUGCAGGUGCAAAAGGAAAGAAAUCAAAGCUGAAAUUUGGGACGUUUGGAGGCUUUGGGGCAAAGUCAAAGGGCUCCUAUGAGGUCACCCUUGGUGAAGGUGAGGCAGCAGCAGAGGGCAGUGGUAUCUCUCUAGUUUCUAAGAAGACCCGCCUGUCCUCCUCAUCCAGUAAUGAAAGUGGAUCCAAAGCAGGAUUCCGUCUUCCUAAGGUAGAACUAAAUAUCAACAAAAACAAAGAAUAAUUUUGUAAAUAGAGCCUGAGUCCUUGUAAAUAGAAAUUAACUGCAUUACUUUUUAACUGAUAAGCCAAGGCACAGAGGUCCAUUGGACUUCAUCCCUAUCUCAUUGGCAGGUCAAAAGUCAAAUGGAUUAUUUAAAAGUGUUGAGUCAUUGUUUUUGUUUUUACAAUGCGAGAAUUGAACCAUAGCCAGAUCUGACCUGCAGAUAUUUCAAACACUUCUGUACCAGCUAACACAACAAACUGAAGUUCUAUUACUACAAGCUGAAAGCAAUAGCCUACUAGCAGAAAAAUAAACUAUUUUGAUACAUUUUCUAUGUAGUGGUUUGUUAUUUUCAUAUACUGGUAAAAUUGAGGUGUUAAAACAUGUAAUCACUGGUGCUCUCUCUAGCUUACUUUAUUCAAUGGAAUGCAGCUAAUCUGUGAGAGGUUUUAUUGAUUAAUGAUUUGAGCGGAGACAGUUGGAGAGGAAGAGUUUAAGUUGUCUUUAGACCAAUAAAAGCUAUCCUAUCUAUAUGAAAAAAGUAUUUUGGCAUUAGCCAAAACAGACUCAAUUCGUCCAGUGAUUGGUGUUGUAUUGCCAGAGUCCAACCACAAUAAGGUUUGGCCAAUUUUAUUUCCUUGUAAACUUACAGGGCUGCAGAAAAAUGUAUUCAGGACAGCUUAAAUUUUUCUCUUUGUAAAAUGUGCUAACUGUUGGUCUGUGGAUCUAGUUAAGGCAUGUUUCCACUGUGAAUCUGAGUGUUAAUGCCAUCCUGCCUCUUUAUCUUCUGCUCCUGCUGCUGUAAUCUUUUAUUCCAAGUCCUAUCUCCCAAAGCCACAGAUAAAAAGGCCUAGAGAAAUUAUUCAACCUUCAACUAUGCAGUUUGGAUCAGUUUGAGUCAUUAGUAUUAAAUACUAUGAAACACUAAAUUAAAUAACACAACUUAUUUGCACUUCAAAUAUCCCAUUCCCUUCCCACCUUCUCCUCCUCCCAAUUCCCUUUACCUUCCGGCAAUACGACUUGGUUGCUAACUGCACUGCUGUCAGGUGUAAAUUUCAGAAUGGAAAGGGUGGUCUGAGAUAGGCUUGCUAACAGCAUGUAUGUAUCGGCAGGCCUGUGAAGGAGCCUGCACUUACUGAUUUAAUAGCAUUAUAAAGCAGAAUAUGACAGCACUGCACUAAAAUACUGCUUUGUCUGAAUCCACAGAUCGCACCAAACUCCCUGUAACAUAACAAACCCUUUCCUUUUGUUACAAAUUACAGGAAAAUUGUGACUUUUCUAGAUUUUCUUACCAUUUCUUUGUUCCAUUCUACAGUUGUUAAUAGAACUUCUUCUUCAUAAUUCUGUCUACACUUUUAUGGCAAAGUUUAUGGUAGACGAUGGGAAUGUAAGACAAGUGUGUACCUUGUAAAAAUCAAAUAAAUUGUUCAUUACCCUGAAUUGGAAA